GUCACAUGACAGAGGCGCAGGUGAGCGCCGCUUCCGGGGUCGGGCGCUUCCAUCGCGACCGGCUCCGGCUUUCACUCGGUAGAGUGCGCCGGAGACUAUGGCGUCCUCUUCAGUCCCGCCGGCCACUAUACCGGCGGCGACAGCGGCCCCCGGCACGGGCUUUGGCUUCGCCUCCAAAACCAAGAAGAAACAUUUCGUGCAGCAGAAGGUGAAGGUGUUCCGGGCGGCCGACCCGCUGGUGGGCGUGUUCCUGUGGGGUGUAGCCCACUCGAUCAAUGAGCUCAGUCAGGUGCCUCCCCCGGUGAUGCUGCUGCCAGAUGACUUUAAGGCCAGCUCUAAGAUCAAGGUCAACAAUCACCUUUUCCACAGGGAAAAUCUGCCCAGUCAUUUCAAGUUCAAGGAGUAUUGUCCACAGGUCUUCAGAAACCUCCGUGAUCGAUUUGGUAUUGAUGACCAGGAUUACUUGGUGUCCCUUACCCGAAGUCCCCCGAAUGAAAGUGAAGGCAGUGAUGGUCGCUUCCUUAUCUCCUAUGAUCGGACUUUGGUCAUCAAAGAAGUAUCCAGUGAAGACAUUGCUGACAUGCAUAGCAACCUCUCCAACUACCACCAGUACAUUGUCAAGUGCCAUGGCAACACGCUGCUGCCCCAGUUCCUGGGGAUGUACCGCGUGAGUGUGGACAGCGAAGACAGCUACAUGCUUGUGAUGCGUAACAUGUUCAGCCACCGGCUUCCCGUGCACCGGAAGUAUGACCUCAAGGGCUCCUUAGUGUCCCGGGAAGCCAGCGAUAAGGAGAAGGUUAAAGAAUUGCCCACCCUUAAGGAUAUGGACUUUCUCAACAAGAACCAGAAGGUUUACAUUGGUGAAGAGGAGAAGAAGAUCUUUCUAGAGAAGCUAAAGAGAGAUGUGGAGUUCCUAGUGCAGCUGAAGAUCAUGGACUACAGCCUUCUGCUGGGCAUCCACGACAUCGUCCGGGGCUCCGAACCGGAGGAGGAGGGGCCUGUGCGGGAGGAGGAGUCCGAGGGGGAUGGGGACUGUGCCCUGACCGGCCCUCCUGCUCUGGUGGGCUCCUAUGGCACUUCCCCUGAGGGUAUCGGCGGCUACAUCCAUUCACACCGGCCUCUGGGCCCUGGAGAGUUUGAAUCCUUCAUUGAUGUCUAUGCCAUCCGGAGUGCUGAGGGAGCCCCCCAGAAGGAGGUGUACUUCAUGGGCCUCAUCGACAUCCUGACGCAGUAUGAUGCCAAGAAGAAGGCAGCUCACGCAGCCAAAACCGUUAAGCAUGGGGCAGGGGCAGAGAUCUCUACUGUCCAUCCUGAGCAGUAUGCUAAGCGAUUCCUGGAUUUUAUUACCAACAUCUUUGCCUAAGAGACUGCCUGACUCCAUGGAGGAGCUGGGGGAAGGGGGUUGUUUGCCAUCUUCAGGACCCGACUGGACAGAUGGACCUGGCUCAAGCGACUCCCCUGGAUGCACUUUGCUCUGUGGGAUGAACUCAGAGUGUCUGAAUUUUGCUGAUAACUUUAUAGAACUCAUUGUAGCAUGUUUGUUCCCCAGUAGACCCUGGGAUGGAAGCAUCUCAAGAUACUACAGAUAUGGGUGCAGGCAUGCACACAUGUGAUGGGAUAUGGCCAGUCUUACACAGGUGGGGUGGAAAAUGGUCAGCAGGCUGGUACCUCAUGGAGGUGGGACCGAUGAGGACUCUUGUGAUUAUGCAGGGAGUUGGAGAAGGACUCCGUCAAGGGUUGACCGCUCUCCAGUCUCUUCCCUCACCUCACCCGCCCCCCCCCCCAAAGAUGGCCACAGUGUUGAAUCCUGGGUAAAAGUGUUUAACUGUUGCUGCUCUUCUUCAGGACCUCACGCCCCUCCUGGGGCUGGAACCCUUCAUUGAGGGUAUGGCCAAUUCUAGAGGCUGGGAGGAUGGGCCAGGGGUGUAAGGUACAUUCCCCAUUGCUAAAUUUCCUUUUUUCAUGCCUAGCCAUUCCUGAGGUUUUAGUCCCAGCAGAAGGUAGUAUCUUUACCUGGGUCAACCCUGGUCAUUUCAAGAGAAUGGAUGUCUCACGUGUGGAAACCUCCUCUAUUCCCUGGAAGUGUGCCCCUAGGAUACUUCCCUCACCCUUUCUCAAGUCCUUUUCCCAGUUGGAUUUGUUAUUCUGUUUUUUCCUGUCCUGUCUUAUACUGCUACUGUGUCUCCCAGGGGACAGAUGGCCUUCUUUGUCAUCUUCACUCCACCCCCAGAGAGGAGUCAGAGCCAUAACUCAAUCACCCAGCCCCCUCCAAAGAUAGCUGAGUUGAUGUGUGAUAUUCUCAGAAUGUAGCAGACCCUGAUGAGUUGAGAGAUUGUCCUCCCUUCCCCCCAGUUCCUUUGGGGCUAAGGCGGCCAUUCUUUUUGCAUCCUUCAUUCGCCCUGAGGCGUCUGCAUUUCUCUGAAACAUAAAGAUGGGCACCAGCAAGUGGCCUUGGGGAUGCAAAGACUCUUUGUUCUAUCUGGCUGGACUGAUCUGUCUCACAAGAAGUCAUGAGGUCAUAAAGGAGAAUUCCUCCUGCCCCUCCAUCUUCUCCAAAGGAAGUACAAGAGGAGUCCCCAGUUAAGGAUUGGAGCCCCUAUAAUAUCUUCCUGUCAGGAGCCUGAUGGAUCUUUUUCAUUUCAACCAUCUACCGUUCCCCUGUUGAAUGCAAUAAAACUCCAUGUCACCAGCAACUGUUGUUCUUUAGAAAUGGCUUUCCUGACCAUGUGGCUGAUGUGUCAUAAGCAUUAUGGUCUUUUUCAUUUGUUGCUUCUGUUUUUCAUCUCUUUUUGUUUUAUUAAUUAAUAAAAAAAAGAUCUUAUGUAUUUACUCCCAUUGCUGUCACUAUAUAGAAAAUAAAUUAUUGAAUCCAAA